GCCUAGGGCUGGGCUGGGAGAACCAGCCCAGCAGAAAUCAGAGCAGGAGGAGCUGUUCCCGGUGUCUCCACUCAGCUCCACAACCAGGCAAUGGAAGUCCCCAGAGCCACCCUGCUGCGCCUCUUUGGGGCUGUCCUCUGCCUGACCGGUGUCCAGACUUUUGAGUCCAAUGGGUCCCGAGCCCUGCAGUGCUACAGCUUUCAGCACAUCUACUUCGGGCCCUUUGACCUCAGUGGCAUGAAAUUCCUCAGCGUCUCCUGUCCUCAUGGAUGCUCUGAGGCUGUCUCGUCUUUGAGCACAGGGUACCGCGCCUCAGUGACCAUAGUCCAGAAGGGCUGCUGGACAGGCCCGCCUACGGGUCAGAUGCAGUGGAACAACAAGGCGCUGCCACCCGACUACUCGGUGGUGCGCGGCUGCAGGACCGACCUGUGCAACUCGAACCUCCUGACCCACGACUCCCUCCCUAAUCUGAGCCCAGCGCCCAACCCCCAGACGCUCAGCGGCAUCGAGUGCUACGCCUGCGUGGGGAUCCACCCGGAGGACUGCACCCCGGAGAAGUCCCGGCGGGUCCAGUGUCACCAGGACCAAAGUGUCUGCUUUCAGGGCAAUGGCCAAAUGACCAUUGGCAAUUUCUCAGUCCCUGUGUACAUCAGAACCUGCCAACGGCCCUCCUGCACCAUCAUGGGCACCACCAGCCCAUGGACAAACAUUGACCUCCAGGGCUCCUGCUGUGAGGGGCACCUCUGCAACAGGGACUCCGUGACCCAAUCCUUCACCAGUGCCUCGGCCACCGCUGCUCCCCAGGCACCCCACGUCCUGGUCCUGCUCCUCAUGAUCACCCUACUGGCUGGCACUCUGGGGGGACCCCUGGGGCUCUCCUCAUAGACAGGCCCUCCAGCCUCUUCCUGAGCAGAUGCUGGGGGGCAGGGCACACCCAUCCCUUCUCACUGCUUCUGUCCCUGGAAUGUGGAAAAUAAGAGUCGUACAACUGUC